AACGUCACGUUUUAAAAAUAGCCACAUAGAAUAGAAUGUGGAAAAAACUGAACUAUUAUGCUCCACCAACAAACUGAAAAACAAGAUAGAGAAAGAAAGUACACACAACCAUGUCAACUACUAUUAAUGCUUCAACUCCUGCUCCUGCUAGAAGGUUAUCAGGCAAAGUGGCAAUGGUAACUGGUGGAGCCUCAGGAAUCGGAGAAAGCAUUGUUCGCCUAUUCUACUCGCACGGCGCUAAAGUUUGUAUAGCCGAUAUCCAGGACGACCUUGGACAAAACCUCUGCAAUUCCUUUGGCGAUCUGGAAAAUGUUUAUUUCAUCCAUUGUGAUGUUGCGUUAGAGAAUGAUGUUUCCAACGCAGUAUGCAUCACAGUUGGUAAAUUUGGCACUCUUGACAUCAUGGUCAACAAUGCAGGAAUAUCUGGUUCGCCUUGUCCUGAUAUCCGCAAUGUAGACAUGGCCGAAUUCGACAAAGUGUUUGACAUAAAUGUAAAGGGUGUUUUCCAUGGAAUGAAACAUGCUGCUCAAAUUUUGAUCCCAAAGAAAAGUGGCUCAAUAAUUUCUAUAGCAAGUGUAGCAAGUAACAUAGGUGGUAUUGGACCACAUGCUUACACAGGUUCCAAACAUGCUGUGUGGGGACUAACAAAGAAUGUUGCAGCUGAAUUAGGAAACUAUGGAAUAAGAGUUAACUGUGUUUCACCAUAUGGUGUUGCAACUCGUUUGUCUUUGGCUCAUUUGCCUGAGGAGGAGAGAACCGAGGAUGCGAUGGAAGGUUUUCGGUCUUUUAUUGGGAAAAAUGCUAACUUGCAGGGUGUGGAGUUAACUGCUAAUGAUGUUGCUAAUGCUGUGCUCUUUCUUGCUAGUGAUGAUGCAAAGUAUAUAAGUGGAGAGAAUUUGAUGGUUGAUGGAGGGUUCACUAAAUCAAAUCACUCACUCAAAGUUUUUAGAUGAUUUUAGUGGUUUUCACUACUUGUUAAUUUAUUAAGCAGGCUUUAUAACAUUGCAAGCAUAGAUUAUCUAAUGACAGAUUUUCAAAUAACAAAUUCCCUACAGCUUGUUCUGAAGUGAUUAAGUAAGAAUGUGAGUUUGUCUUUGAAGUGAUUAAGAAAGUUUCUACCUUGAA